GCUCUCUCUCUCUUUUCAUUAUUAAUCUUCCCGUCUAUAAUUCAUUAAUUCUCGUUAGCAGCUUCUUCUUCGUUGGAUUCGUAAAAUGGAUGGAUUUGGAGCUAACUACGAGUGUUUGUUCUUUGAUAUGGACGAUACUUUAUACCCUUUGAGCAUCGGAAUCAACUUAGCUUGUCGAAACAACAUCCAAGGAAAAGAGACUUAACAUUUCAAGAUGCUUGUCUUUACUUAAUCAUUAACGGCCAUAUAACUGAAUUUUGUAUCCCUUUGUUUUCGUUAUUUGCAGAGUUCAUGCUUAACCAACUCGGAAUCGAAGAGAGUGAAGUUCCAAAGUUGUGUUUGGAUCUUUACAAAGAAUAUGGAACCACCAUGGCUGGUCUCAAGGUUAUGGGUUACGAAUUCGACAACGAUGAAUUCCAUGAAUAUGUCCAUGGAAGACUUCCCUACGAGAAACUAAAACCUGAUCCACUCCUCCGUAACCUUCUCCUCUCUAUGCCUCACCGUAAAAUCAUCUUUACUAACGCAGACAAAGCUCACGCAACACGAGCUCUCAACAGAUUGGGUCUUGAGGACUGCUUUGAAGGAAUCAUUUGCUUCGAAACACUAAACCCUUCUUCUGAUUCAAACACUCAAAUCCUCUGUAAACCCUCUGUUGAAGCAUUUGAAGCUGCAAUUCGCAUUGCAGACAUUGUUGAUCCACGCAAAACGAUAUUCUUCGAUGACAGUAUUCGUAACAUCGCUAGUGCUAAAGCAACAGGGCUAAAAACCGUGUUUGUGGGGGAAUCAGUGCUAGUUCCAGGUGCUGACUAUGCACUAAGCAGCAUUCAUAACAUAAAGGAAGCAAUACCUGAUUUAUGGGAAGACAACAAAGAUGAGAAGCUCGAGCCAAUUGUUCAGCAAGCCGCGGUUGCAACCAUGGUCAAUGCUUAG